AUAUGGGUUUGUAUUUCUCUGCUGCUUUUGCUCUGCAUACAUCUCAGUUGAAUGAAUUUGUGUAGCUUUUUGGCCAACAAGCCGCUUCAUCUUUUGCAGUAGACUUUCUUUCAUCCUUCUUCUUCUUCUUCUUUAUAAGCACUGGCUUUGAAUCCACAUGGAGAACUAUCAAAUGUUCUUUCCUAUCUCCUCGUCAGCAGCAUCAGCUUACCCUUUUCCAACAAACAUGGCACCUAGUUCACAAGUUUUUAACAAUUUUCAUGGCAACAGCUCGAAUGGGUUCUUGGGUUUGAAGACAGAGAGCUUCAUCCAGAAACCAGAAGUUAAAGAAAUUGUUCAGAAUGGGAGUUUUGUUGGUUCUGAAACCGAGGUAAAAUCAGGUAAAAAGAAGGAAAAGAAGAUUAGGAAGCCCAGAUAUGCUUUUCAAACAAGGAGUCAGGUGGAUAUACUUGAUGAUGGAUAUCGAUGGAGGAAAUACGGCCAAAAAGCUGUUAAGAACAACAAAUUUCCUAGGAGCUAUUACCGAUGCACACAUCAAGGAUGCAAUGUAAAGAAGCAAGUUCAACGUCUAACCAAAGAUGAAAGUGUUGUGGUGACCACCUACGAAGGGAUGCACACUCAUCCCAUAGAGAAGCCAUCAGACAAUUUUGAACAUAUCUUGAGUCAGAUGCAAAUCUACACACCCUUUUGAAAGAAUUCCAUCAUCAUGCAUAUAUAGCUAGAUGAAACAAAUGUUGUAUGCCUCUGUCCUGGAUUUACUCCUUUCCUUAUGAAAUAAAAGUUGUGACUUUAGGAAUGUUAA